ACGUGUCAGUGGAACUAGGUGUGUCGCAAAAAGUCGCGGUGAUACUUUCCUCUGGUCUUCAGACCCCGGCGCUUUACGGUGCUAGGCUCUGCCGCGCUGGGAGAUGUCGGCGGAGGGCUGGGCGGAAUCCCAGGGUGCUCCCGGCAGCUUUGCGAAGCGGGUCCUGGUGACCGGGGGUGCUGGUUUCAUUGCAUCACAUGUGAUUGUCUCUUUAGUAGAAGAUUAUCCAAAUUAUAUGAUCAUAAAUCUAGACAAGCUGGAUUACUGUGCAAGCUUAAAGAAUCUUGAAACCAUUUCUAACAAACAAAACUACAAAUUCAUAAAGGGUGACAUUUGUGAUUCUCAUUUUGUGAAACUGCUUUUUGAAACAGAGAAAAUAGAUAUAGUACUACAUUUUGCUGCACAAACACAUGUAGAUUUGUCAUUUGUCCGGGCCUUUGAGUUUACCUACGUUAAUGUUUAUGGCACUCACGUUUUGGUAAGUGCUGCUCAUGAAGCCAGAGUGGAGAAGUUUAUUUACGUCAGCACAGAUGAAGUAUAUGGAGGCAGUCUCGAUAAGGAAUUUGAUGAAUCAUCACCCAAACAACCUACAAAUCCUUACGCAUCAUCCAAAGCAGCUGCUGAGUGUUUUGUACAGUCUUACUGGGAACGAUACAAGUUUCCAGUUGUCAUCACAAGGAGCAGUAAUGUUUAUGGACCACAUCAAUAUCCAGAAAAGGUCAUUCCAAAAUUUAUCUCUCUACUGCAACACAACAGGAAAUGCUGCAUUCAUGGAUCAGGGCUUCAAACAAGAAAUUUCCUUUAUGCUACUGAUGUAGUAGAAGCAUUUCUUACUGUCCUCAAAAAGGGAAAACCAGGUGAAAUUUACAACAUUGGAACCAAUUUUGAAAUGUCAGUUGUCCAGCUCGCCAAAGAACUAAUACAACUGAUCAAAGAGACCAAUUCAGAGUCUGAAAUGGAAAAUUGGGUUGAUUAUGUUAAUGAUAGACCUACCAAUGAUAUGAGAUAUCCAAUGAAGUCAGAAAAAAUUCAUGGAUUAGGAUGGAAACCUAAAGUGCCUUGGAAUGAAGGAAUAAAGAAAACAAUUGAGUGGUACAAAGAGAAUUUUCACAACUGGAAGAAUGCAGAAAAGGCACUAGAACCCUUUCCUGUAUAGCCAGCAUUCAUAUACUUGGCAUUGUUUUUCAGAGAAGAAGAAAAUUAUCCUACCUCAACAAAUGGUAUGAAAUCAAGUGACCAAAUGAAGUGCCCUCUUUUCAUUUGGAAUUAGAUUCAUCACUUUUUGUAUUAAAUUCAAAUACAGAGUGCCUCAGUCUUUGGAAGAUUGUCAAUUGGCACAGGAUUUAAAUGUCAGAAUUCUUUCAGAAAACAUCUUCUGGAAAUUAGGAAGUAGUAGGCAUAGACAGAUAUAUCUAGGGGUGGGCCAGGAAGGAAUCUCCUGAACAGCGCUGGGUGGAUUGCAGCCUUGGCUGGCUUGGAACUCAGUUGGCCUCCCAGCCUUUACCAGUGGAUAGAAGUCUUUUAAGUUUUUAUUUAUAGGAGAAGUAGGAUGAGUAUUAUGCUGUAAUUCAGCUUUUUUUCAAGGUGUGAUAUUGUGCUUUAAAAAUGGAACAAAAUGAAUGCAUAUCUAGCACUUUUUAACUUUGGAUAAUUUUGUAAAAUGCUUUUUUAAAACAGAAUUUAAAGUUUUUGUAUUUUCAAAAUCAGUUGUUGACCCCUAUGUAACCUGUAUCAGAGAACUUUUAUCACAUGUUUACUGUUUAUAAUUAUUUUAUUUAUGAAAUUACCAGUAUUUUAAUAUAUUUAAUGUAGAAUGAGACAUUUUAAGUAAUGUAUAUUUUUAUUUUGCUCUAGAGGAAAUUUUUAAAAUACUUGAUUAUGUAUUAUUUAAUCACUCUGUCCUAAAGACUGUAAGUUGACUUGAAAAGUAACUGACUGGACACUGGGCUGAGAAAGUGAGAGAAAGCUAGUUUACCCCUCUGAUUAUCAAGAAUACAGAUUUCAAAGCUUGUCGCCUUGGGUCACUGGAGAUACGGGCUGGAGCAGUUUCCCUCUAUGUAUUGUAUGUAUUGUUGCUAGAACCUCAGAGACUACGGGGCACCACUUUCUUCUUUGUGGAAGAGGAUGUCAGAAAUGGCAAUUUGACUUUUACUUUGGAGGGCAUGUCCUGGCACACCCUGAUCAUCAGACUCCUAAAAACUUUAUUGAAAUAGCAAGCUUCUGAAUCAUCAUCAGGGUGAAAGAGAAUUAUCAAUGCCACCAGUGUGCUCUCCUCUUCCUCUUAAUCUUGCCUGGUCAGCCUGAUACCAUCAAUGUGAUAGAGCCAUGUGACACUCUACAGGAUAUUCAGAAAAUUCAAGUCUCCCAGGAAAACAGAACUAGUUCAUGCAGCCCUUAGGUGAAACUGAGUGCAACUGUCUCCUUAUCUUUUGUGAUCAAGAUGGAAAUGUACACAUUCACCAAAUCAUUGGUGGAAUACCAUGUAUCCUCACUAAGAAGAUGCCCUGUGGGCACCACAACCACCUGGGGAGUUGCUACUUGUUUCAGCCGGCAGUUGUCUGCAGUUGCUCUCCAGGCUACCCACUUUCAUUGGGGACCAGAUAAAUGAGUUAAAUAGAGAUGUGGUGGGGACCCACCUCUGCAUCCUUGAGAGCCUCAAGGGUGACCUCAUCCUCAUCAUCUCCAAGAUAUAAUUUUGUUAUUGAUUUACUAUCUUGGCCAGCGGAGUGGCCAGUUGGGGCAAGGCUGUCAAGUUAAGGUCAGGGCACUGAUUGUGAAAACUUAGGACCCUGACAUGUGCAUGGAAAUAUCUGGGUGGAUGUCUUUAAAGAUUUGACUGAAGUUUUUAACUAUUAAGUCCUGAGUUUGGUCUUGGACUUUGUCUUUUCUCUACCUCAGGUGAUAAGGUACUCAUUUAAUUGUCCCUUGUUUGUUAAUUACAUUCAGUUUUUCCUUUCCUUCCCUUCCUUUCCCUUCUGUAGGUACUAGUACAGCAUAUUAAAGACCAAUCAAUGCCAUUAUCCUUGUAUGACUUGUUCACCUGAGCUUUUCAAAAUCCCAAAUUAUUGUACCAGGCAUGGCAGGACAUCCUCCCCAGUCACCAUACAUGGGAGUUUUAGUGAUGAGGUGACUGCUUUGCAUAAGGGACUGUUCGUUCCCCACACCCUGGAUGGUACUCAUGACCAGCAAGGCAGGAAGUGUUUCAGUUCCAAAUCUGUCUUACCAGCUGCCCUGCUGGAUCACUCUCAGAACCAACUAUGUCAUUUGGAUCCUCUGGAAAGCAGGGACUGAGACAGAGGGGCACAAGAAGUUUAAGGGGGAAUGUUUAAUGGGCAGGAGAAAUUGUGAGGCACAGUACAGACCUAACAGCUGUAAAGAGAAGGGAGAGGAAGAAGGGCUGGUAGAGAAAGCCUCCAGCUGUGGUGCGGAUCUGACAGGAUGUCAGCUAACCCAACAGGGAGCUCCAGAGUAAGAUCACUUGUAGGAGAAUCUCCCCACUGGGCAGAAAGGGCCAGGCUCCUGGAUGUGCUCAUUGAUGGCCAAGUAAGCUCAGCAACAGCCAAGGUGAAUCCAGAAGGCAUUGCAAGGUGAGACUGUUAGCCAACUGCGUUCUUGGCAGUGGAGUGACAAGCUCUCUCUAAGGGAAUCCUGCAUAAUUGCCACCUGUCUGUUUACAGUAGCAAAGGGGGUCUUGGGAUUUAAUUGCUCUCAGUACAGAUUUUCAACUAAACCACUGCCUUUAGUCCAAUCCCUUACUCUCCUGAGCCUCUCUGGCAUUCUGUUAGGUUACCUGCCUAAUCUAGAGGUUCCCAGAAGGUUUUCUGGAGAAGAAAUUCAAAGUGGGUUGUAACAGAUGGAAGGAAGUUAGUAGAGGAAGCUGAGGGUGAGUCAAGGCAGAGGGAUUGGCAGAGUGAAAGUGUUAAGUGGUGAAUAAUACUGUUGAGGGGAUAGUGGAUCCUCACUGUUACUCUAGCAGUCAUUCUCAAAAUGUGUCCCCAGGUCAUUAGGAAAUGCAAAUUGAAAAUAUAGCACUUCACACCCAUAAGGACGGCGAACUGCAUUCUUGGCAGUAAGGACAUAAGAAAUUAGAACCCCGAUGUACUGCUGGUGGGAAGGUCAAGUGAUGUAGCCACCAUGGAAAAUCAUGUUGUGGUUCCCAAAAAGUUAAGUUGAAUUACCACAUCCUCUUGCAUUUUCACUUGGCAUGGUUGAAGGAAGUAUGUCAUUGUGGGGACCGUGGGGGACUAUAUCUUGUCUCUGACUGCUUUCUUCCCCUGUUUGCUUCCUGAGUGCCAUGAGCUGAGUAGCCCCACUACACUCUUCUGCCAUGAUGGUCUAUAUCCAAAAGAAUUGAAAACAGAGACCCAAAUAUACAUGUGCACAGGGGUUUUAACAUUGUCACUCACAAUUAGUCACAAGGUGGAAACCACACAAGUGUCCAAGGAUAGAUAGAAUGGAUAAAUAAAAUGCAGUAUGUAGAGACAAAGGGAAUAUUAUUCAACCUGGAAUUUUUACACAUGCAAAAACAUGGAUGAACUAUGAGCAACUUAUGAACAUUAUUCAUAAGCCAUACCCAAAGAGCAAUACAGUAUGAUUCCUCUCCUGUGAACUACCUAGAGUAAGCAAAUGCAUAGAGACAGAGAAUAUGAUAGGAAUUUACUAGGGCUCAGAGGGAGAAAGGGGGGAUUGUUUAAUGUGUACAGAGGUUUUGCUUGGGAAAAUGAAAAAAAAGUUCUAAAAGUGGAAAAUGGUGAUGUUUGUACAAUUUUGUGAAGGUAUUUAAUGCCACUGAAUUAUACACUUAAAAGUGGUUAAAAUGGUAAAUUUUACAUCAUAUACAUUUUACCACAGUAAUAAUUGUAAAGAAUGUGUUCCCAAACCAAAAUCAUCUGCAUCACCAGGGAACCAAUUAGGAAGGCAAAUUCUUGGGCCACACCUUAGACAAUCAGAACCUCUGGAGGUAAGGCUUAGGAACCAAGAUGCACGAUGUUUGAGAGCCUCUGCUCUGUGAUGUAAGAUGGGGAGAAAAGGCUGGAGGGGAAUUAGUAGUAAGAUGCUUGGACCUUGUCUUGCCAGUGAGGAGCUGAUUCUGGAUUUUAAGGAAGAAAUUGACAUUGUCAAUUUGUGGAUUUAUCUUUUUUCUAAUUAGCAUGUGCUUCUUGCAGAAAUCUUGGAAAAUUAAACAAAAGUCUGAAAGCCAUUGUAAUGGUUUGGAUCUGUAACAUCCCCCAGAUUUCAUGGAUUGAAGACAUGGUCUCCAGUACAGUAAUUAAUGUCCAGAGGUGGGACUUUUAGGAGUGGGUCAUAAGGGCUCUAACCUUUUGAAAAGAUUACUAGAUGGCAACUAUAGGCAAGUGGCCAUAGUUGAAGGAAGUAUGUCAUUGGGGGGACCCUGAGGGACUGUAUCUUGUCUCUGACUCCUUCCUUCCCCUCUCUUUGCUUCCUGAGUGCCAUGAGCUGAGCAGCCCCCCUCUGCUACACACUUUGGCCAUGGUGUCCAGCCUCACCUCAGGCAGGCCCAAAGCAAUGGAGCCAGCUGACCGUGGACUGAACCUCUAAAAUCAUGACCCAGAAUAAGUCUUUCCUACUCUGAAGUUGUUUUGUCAGGUAUUUUGGUCAGUGAUGAAAAGCUGACUGCUGACUAACACAGUCAUCCUUAAUCUACCCCUGGAAGGUAACCUCUGUGAUUAUUUUGGUGUACUCCAUUUCAUUUUUCGGUGCAUUUGUGCACAUUUUUAAAAACCAAAUAUGGGAUCAUUGUAGACAUACUGGUUUGGAACCUGCCUUUUUUCCCUUAGCAAUACAUCAUGAACAUUUUUACAUGUUAUAAGAACUUUUGCCAUUUUUAUUGACUGCAGAAUUACAUUUUGAUAGCUUAUUCUGGGAACAGUAUAGAAGAUGAAUUUAAGGAAGAAAAGAUUGAACUCCUGCAGGAAUCCAACUUAUGAAGCCAUUGCAGUAAAUCAAGCUAGCCAUGAUAAGGCCUAAAGCGCAACACUACAAAUGGGGAUAGAGCUGGGGACAGAUGUGAGAACUUUUAGAUUAAAAAACUUAUUGAUUGAUGGUACAUGGAGGUGAUGUUUCUUGACUUGGGUGGUAUUUUAAGAUUUUGAAUGUUGAAUUGGAAAGAGUGGAGAAUGGUAAGUUUAGAAGAUGCUGAGCUUUGGAAAAUGUUUAGUCUGAAGGGUCUGUGGGACAUCCAAGUGUCAAAUAUAGGAAUCAAGCUCAAUCUGGGCAAGAGUUGAGAUUCAUAUAUAUAUGUAUAUAUAUUUGGGAAUUAAAUGGUUUAUCAACACCCAAGAGUGGAACCUUUAAGAGACAAGACCUAGUGGGAGGCCGUUAGGUAAUGAGGGGUACGCACGCCCUCAUGGUAAUCUGGUUGGUUCCCACAAUAGUGAGUUGUUAUAAAGAGAGUAAGCCUCUGAAAGUGCUCCCUGAAUCCCCUCUCUGGCUUUUUGUCUCACCACAUGAUCUGCACUCAUGCCUGCCAUUGUGAUGACUUCUGCCACAAGGCCCUUAACAGAGGCCCAAACACACAGUUAUCUUCUCUUGGACUUUUAACCCCUAUAACUGUGAGCUAAAUAAAUCUCUGCUUUAUAAGAUGUCUGGCCUCAGGUAUUUUGUUAUAGCAACAGAAAACAGAUGAAAAUAUUUGGCCUCACCUGCAGAUGUUGAGGUUCUACCAUCUGUAUUAACCAUACUUUAUGGGUAUGAUUUGUGUGCUUAUAAUUUAUGUGCCCUAUUAGACUUGGGAGUGUAAUCAUCUCUGCAUCCGUGGGCAUGGAUGCACAGCAUCUCAAUUCAUGUAUAGGUUUGUAAAGGAGCGGGGUCUUUGUUGUUAUCUGUCUAGGUUUCUCUCUGCCUCUUUCUCUAUCCUUGCUCCUAUUGAGCUCAUCUCCCCAAAUAACCCUACCACAGGCAGAGGCCUUUGCUUUUCUACACACCACUGUGUACACAAAGCUCAGUUUCUUCCUUAAACCUUUCAUUUCAUGAAGGAGAUCAACCAGUUUAGCAAGUCUUAUGCUUGCUUCUGAUUUCAUUUAGGUCUAUUUGUUUUUUAUUAUUUAGAAAGACUGUUCUCCCUUUGGGGCUUCUUUGUAGAAACUUCUUUGAGUGAUUCUUAUUUGAUCCUUUCUUACCUUUAAUUGUAUUUCUAAUACUGCUGUGUUCAUAGCUAAACUUGCUAUGUUCUAACUGACAGUUUUAAAAAGGGGUUGUCUCAAUGACAGAAGAUUUCUCUUUGACCAACGUAACCUUUCUUUCCUAAAUUCUGAAAGCAGGAAGCCCCCUUUCAUCAUCUUGACUUAAGUCAAUUUAGAGGAGCCCAAGAAGCAAUUUUUUUGUUGUUGUUGUUGUCGAUAGACUUUUUUUUUUAUUUGUUUAUAUGUGGUGCUGAGAAUCAAACCCAGUGCUUCACACAUGCCAGGCAAGUGCGCUACCGCAGAGCCACAGCCACAGCCCUGCGAGAAGCAAUUUUAGUUCUUGGUUUCUUUCCUUUGACUCUAAAAUACUGGAAAGCCUUCCAAAUCAAUGUUUCAUAACAGUUCUGCACUUUGCUUAGUCCCUCAUCUAUUGAUUUGGAAUGAAAACAUUGCUCUCUUAAUGAAGAUGGUUGUGAGAAAUAUAAAUAUAUGGGUGUAAGGGGAGGGAAAGCCCAUUUCCAGAUUAAACUGCUGAUUAAAAAUAAUAGAGGUAUUAAAUAAAUAUUACAUAAGCCCUUGAGAAACAUGUAUUUCUAGAAAAAAUAUAAACUUGAAUCAUCGACUCAGUAGUUUUAUCCACAUUUUAAAAAAAUAAAAUUAGGUGAAAAUACAAAGCAAUUUUUCUUUACCCAGAAAAAAAUACCCUCCAAAGCAAAAUUUUUAUUUGAGCUAUCUGGUUAUUACAUAUCAAAUGAAAAUUCCAAGCGAAAUGUACAUUUCCCUUAAGUUAAUAUACUAUUCUGCAGAUUUUCCUAUUGUCCUUGUAACAUUCUAAAUAAGUACACUACCUCUGACUAACUGCAAAUAUUUCAGUUAUCAUAAAAAAGAAUAGUGUACUGCACAGCUAAAAUUAAAUCAGUUUAAAAUUCUCAGGAGUUGGGAUUGUGGUUGCUUUAGUUAAUGGACUAAUCAAACCAUAGUUUUAGAUGAUGUUACUGCAAUAUUCUAAUUACUGCAAUCUGAUUUCCCUUAGUAAUUGUGAAGGUCAAAACUGAAUGCUUGAUUCAAAUAGGAAAUUAAAAGUUAAGAAUAAAAGACAAGACAUUUUUAUACCCAACAUAUGUCAUGAUAGAUUAUUAUGUUGACCUUGUAAAGUUAAAUAUAUCACUAUAAAUUACACUGGAGUUGACUACAAAGUAUGGAAACUCUGUUUCCAAAUUUAAUAUGUCAUUAAAUUGUGUUAUUUUUCAAGAAAGAUGAUUCAUUUUGUAUUAAAAGCUAUACAUUUUUAUUUUAUGCUUUUGUAAGAUUUUCAAAGUAAAAACAGAAGCAAGAAUUUUUUUUGUCAUAUUAUUCUGAUCUGAUGAUUUAAAAUAUAUGGCUUGUUAUGUACAUACCAAAUCUUAGCAAUAAAUGCACAAAGAGGCUACCAAGACUGACUAUUUUAGGAAAGAACUCUUACAAAAUCCCUGGUUACCUUCCUAUGCCUAAAAUCCCAUUAAUAGGAAACAGUGUUCGUCAGUCUUUAAUGAAAAAUAGUAUUAAAAUUCAGAAAUUUCCAGAGGCUAUGGUUGUGGCUUAGUGGUAGAGUCCUUGACUAGCUCAUGUGAGGCACUGGAUUCACAUCUCAGCACCACAUUAAAGAUAAAUAAACUGAAGGUAUUGUGUCCGUCUAUAACUAAGAACAUUUUUUAAAAAAUUCCUGGAUGUUAUGUUAUUGUUUCUAGAGGAUUUUGCUGAAGUGUUUUGAGUUGAACUGUCACAUCUAUCACUUACUUUCAAAUCACUCUCUCCUAUAUAGUGAUAAAAGUCAAUACAGUAAAAUGUCAACGUUGUUGUAUCUAGCUGGAAACUAUAUCUCCCAAUUUUUCUAUAUUGGUAGGAUCUGUAAGAUAUGACUAAUAUUUUAAUAUUUGUCUUUUUUCAAAAAACAUAUUUUGGUAGUGCUGGGGAUUGAACUCAGGGCCUUGCUUGUACUAGGCAAGUGCUCUAUCACUGAGUUACAUGCCCAGCCCUUUAAAAAGAAUUUUUUAAAAUGUUGAUCUUGCUAAUUUGCCUAGGCUAGACUCAAACUUGAAGUCUUGCCUCAACCUUCCCAGUAGUUGGCAUUAUGGGUAUGAACUUCCACACUUGGCUCUUUUCUCAAAUUUUAUUAUGACAAAUUUAAAACAUACAGAAAAAUUGGGAGAUACAGUUUCCACCUAGAUGCAACAACAUUGACAUUUUGCUGUAUUGACUUUUUUCUCUAUAUAUGAGACAGUGAUUUGAAGUAAGUGAUAGAUGUGACAGUUAAACUCAAAAUACUUCAGCAAAAUCCUCUAGAAACAAUAAAUAAAUAAUGACCAUGUCAUUUUCAUUCUUAAGAAAUUAAAUCAUUUUCUGAUAUUCAAUACACAGGUUCAAAUCUCCCCAUAUUCCCCCCAAAGUCUCUCAUUUGGUUUUUUUUUCCCCUACACAUUAUCCAAUAAUGAUCCACACAUUACAGUAGGUGAUGUCUUUUAGACAAUUAAAUAUAAAAACUAUCUUUCCAUUUUUUUGAUGUUUUAGUUUUUUUCCAUGACAUUGACUUUUUUUUUUUUUUUUUUUUAAGUUUUGGCUGUGCUGGGGAUGGGACCUAGGGCUUCACACAUGCUGGGCAAGCACUCUACCACCAAGCCACACUCCCAACCCAACCUUGAUGUUUUGUAGACAAAUAGGCCAGGUAUCUUAGAGAAUGUCAUAUUCUGGGUAUAUCUGGUCAUUUCGUCAUGGUUUCAUCAAUCUCAUUUCUCCAUUUUCUAAAUUUCUUACCAGUUGGAAGUCAGGUCUACCUGGAGGCUCAAGUGGCUUCAGGUCAAACAUUUUCAACAAGAACCCUUCAUAGGUGGCACUGGGCAUGUUAUGAGAACACAUCCAGAGGCCCACAGAGUCAGUUUGAAGGAAUUCUAUUUAUACUGACAUAUAAAUCAUUCUUAGCAGGUCCUUUUUUAGGGCCAGACUUUCAUUUGGAAGCAAUUAGGCCUCAAGAUUCUCAAAGUUGGCAUAGAAGUUCUUUAGGGGCUCAGGGACUUUGCCAGUUUAGUGUAAGUAGCAAGACUUGAGGACUGAAUAAGUCAUGACAACUGCCUCAAGACCUCACACCGAUGGCAUCUGAGGGGCAUUGGUUCCAGGACCUCUGAGGAUCUGAGGCUACUUAGGUCUCUGAUAUAAAAUGUUACACUGAAUACAGCUGAUACACAUUGUAUACUUUAAAUCGUCUCUAGAUUAUUUGUAAUACAAUGUAAAUGCUGUGUAAAUAGUUAUCAUACUGUAACAUUUAUGGACAAAUGACAAGAAAAUGUACAUGUUCAGCAUAGACAGGCUUUUUUAAAAAUUUUCAAUCUGUGGUUGGUUGAAUUCAAGGAAAUUGAACCCUCAGAUAUAAAGGACCAACUAUUCCUGAAAUGUCUAUUGAUCAUAGAUUUAAACAAACCUGUAUUCUGACAAGGCUGGUCUCAUAUAGGGACAGGCAUGGUGCAGUAUAGCAGCUUUGACCUGGGACCUGAAACCUAGUUCUAGCCCUACUUCUGUCACCAAAAACUGUGUUACUGGGAAUCAUUCGUUUCUCUGGGCUUUCAUGGAUUCACAGUUAGGGUAGAAGUCCUGUCUCAGCUGAUCUAAGCUCCCUUAUGUUUUAUAAAUAUUACUCUAGCACCAAUACUUGAUGCCUGUGUGUGUGUGUGUGUGUGUGUGUGUAUUUAUUUUAGUGACGUAAAGAAUAGCACUUUGAUUUUGCUUGUUGUAUUCCUAUGGAACAAACAAGAAAGUAUCCAUUAUUUUUAGACGGAAGUAUUGCUCUUUAUUCAGCUAUCUAGACACUUACUGUCAUCAGGGAGGGCAGAAUGUGUUGUCAGAAGAGGGGCUCUUGUCUGUGGCAUGACCUGCCUGUCAGGAAAGGAUCAUACCUUGCAUCAUCCAUGGGAAAAACAGAAUGAUGGGGCUGGGCUGCAGGUUUAUUCUCUUUGGAAAUGUAUGCAACUUUCUGUGAUUGGGAAAAAAUGUAAGCUAACUUUUCCAAUUAUUAAUGUUUGUACUGGGCUGGAAUGCGAAGGGGGGGAAUCUGAGGUUAGGGCCCUACUUUCUAACCCCCUAAUCUGGGAAAGCUCUGAGCCAGUGUCCUGACCUCUCCAACUUCAGAAGGAAAGUGGGUCUGUGAGGCUCCCGCCUCACCCUACAGUCCUGCAAAAGUCCUGACCACAGGAAGCAGAAAAGCUUCGCCCUUCCUUGCUCUCACCCAUCCUACCCACCCACUCACAUCCCCUUGAUAAACUCUGGCUAUGUGUGCAAGGGUAGGGAAGAGUUGGCUUGUCUCUGUUCUUUUUUUUUUUUUAAUAACAAAUUCUACAUUCUGAGUGCAGGUGCAAGAGGGUUUAAUCAUUGGCUAAUGGGAGGAGAUGGAGUUGGGGAAUAAGGAUACAGAAAGAUAGACCUGGAGAAGAAAAUGAAAGCAGAGGAAAGGGUUGUGAGAAUUUUCCUCCUACUAGUUUAGGGUCCAGUGGUGGAGGUUGCAAAUUAACUCACAAUACAUGGAUUGAUGGAGAAAAUUGUAAUUCACAUGCAUGUAGGAUCAUUCAAAUGUAGAGAAUGGCUGAACAGCUAAGGACAAAAGUUUGUGCACGAACUUAAUAAGGAGACAGGAAGAGAAACAAACAGCUUUUAGGUGAAUAAAUGAAAAGUACUACCAUUUGGUUUAUGCAAUUUCUUACCCAGCCGCUCUUAGUCUCCUUUCUUGCUGGAAGUUCCUCAGAGAGGAGACUUAGGGCAGCUUUACUUCUUGGAAGGCUAUAUAAGGGAAGCUCAGAAAAGGUUUCUUUCUGCAUUCAUUGUAUUUCAAACGUGGUUAGUUUUAAGUAAUUUUUAGACCAUUUUAGGGUUGUGAGACCCUACAAGUCAAGAAUGUGAGGCACCUGUAAGGUCAAAAGGGAAACAGAGUUUCCUUUUCUGAGCUUCCAGCCAAUGUGUUAGAGAACCGACAGAUGUAAAUAGUGUGAACAUGAGGUUAAUAGAGUAAUUCCAUAAAAUGGGCCCACUGUGCUGAUGCCCAUAAGCUUUUUUUUUUUUUAAUUCCCAAGAAGUGAACAGGAUUAUGUCACAUUUUUCAGCAAAAUACCUGUUAACUGCAGGAGAAAUUGCAGGCUAGAGAUAAUAUCAACAGAAGGAACCCAGAAGACUUUUAAUAAAGAGAGAUAAGAAUAAUUUCUCCUAACAACAGAAUCUGUAAAGAUUGUAUGGUUAAGAAUCCAAUUAGAACCAGUUAGCACGGGCCAAGGUGACCUAGAGUUGCCACGGCAGUGGGUACUUGAAAGUCCCAUGUCAUCUUGCUGUCAAUCAAAAGUCAAGAGGUGGACCUGGGUGGGACUCUCUGGAAACUUCCCUAGGAUGCCCAAUAAAACUGAAGUGCAGGGGAGGCACAUUGUCCCUCUCUUCUCUGAGAUGACCCACUCUUUCCCUUGAGAAUGUCCCCUUCCCCUUUCCCUAUUCCUUCAAUAAACGUACACCUAUA